AUGCUUGUGAGAUUGCUCCUGAGCACAAUUUUGGUGCUCCUCGAGGGCCUGACUUUGGCGUCGCCAGUAAUCCCAGAGAACCAUGUUUUGUCCGAGGUUUUGGAUUACAGCACCGUGUACUCUGACAACAGUGUUGCACAGGCAUUCGUGGACGAGCUGAUAGCAUUGUCACAUUCAAGCAGAAACAUUUCGAAAUGCGACCAGUGUGUUACCAGAUUGGCGGUUGGGAAAUCUCUGUCGCUUCUGCGCCCUGACUUGGUGCCUCGGGUGUUCACAGAGUGGUGCCAACGCACCAAGUACAUGUCGAAUUCGACAUGUCUGGCUACUUUCAGCAGAAAUACCGUGAAAAGCAGCUACACGGGCACCAACUUUGCAGACAUGUUAUCGCUGAUGGAUCCGUUUGGCUACGACGGUCAGCUUUACUGCAACUACAAAGAAUCGGCUUGUCCCAAGCCAAAGACACCCAACGUCACUUUGUCACACCUAUGGCCCAAAAAAGAGGCCAAGCACAACAUUGCACCCGUUCCAGCGGCCAAUGACACCUUCAAUGUCCUGCACAUCUCAGACUUCCACAUAGAAAUGGACUACAAGGUUGGAGGCGAGGCAAACUGUUCUUUGAGUAUGUGCUGCACACCUAGUUCAGUCAAUGCCUUUUCCAACAUUACUUCACAUGGACAGAAAGACUGGAACUCCUUUUACGACUCGUCAUACAGUGACAACAGCUUUGUUAAGGGUGAUCUACUGGAUGUAUUCAAGAAUGACUCGAUCUGGUCGCCAGCAACCACUUUCGGAAACUAUAAGUGUGACGCACCAGAAAUCUUGAUCAACUCGUCCUUGAACUCCAUUGCAAACUUCAGUUCCGAAAACAAUUUGGACUUUGAGUUUGCUAUUUUCACUGGUGAUUUGGUGGACCACGAUGAGCUUUCCUUGACCAGUUACGAUGUGACCGUAAAGUCCGAAGAGGUGGUUUUCAGAGAUAUCAAGAAUAAGCUGGGGGACGUCCCUGUGUAUCCAGUAAUGGGCAAUCACGACACAUUUCCUUACGGUGAACUUGCUCAAGAAAAUCACGGCUUUCUCAACUACUUCUCCUGGAAUGCAGAGCUCAUGGCAGACUUGUGGGAAGAUUACGGCUGGCUAGAUGCUAAACAGUCGCAGUACGCUCGCAAGCAUUAUACUGGCUUUUCUGUGGAAACGAAAAUGGGUCUGAAAAUCAUUUCCUUGAACUCGAACGUCUGGUACAAGAAGAACCAUUACGCGUACUGGAACGCUUCUCAACCCGACACUUUUGGUCAAUUUGAGUUUUUGGUGAACGAGCUAGUGGAAAGUGAGUCUAAGGAUCAAAGAGUUUGGAUUAUCGCCCACAUACCGUUCUCCGGAGAUGCCCUACCCUUGCCUGCUAAAAUGUUUGCCGAAGUGGUAGAAAGAUUUUCCCCCUACACCAUUGCAAACAUCUUUUUUGGACAUACUCACUUGGACCAGUUUGAGAUCCUUUACUCUGGUCCCGGUGAUGACGCCAAGACCAUCGAGAAUGUCGUUGCGUCUUCUUGGAUAUCGCAAGCCGUCACACCUUGGGUGAACAACAACCCUUCGUGGAGAUACUACACCGUGGACAAGAAGACUUUCUCGGUUAUGAACGCCUACAACUACUACACACGUUUGAAUGAUACUUUCACGAACAAUGGAGCGGAACCUGUAUGGGAGUUUGAAUAUUCUUCGAGAGACGGCUACAACAUCACGUGGCCCGAGACUGCUCCUCUGAAUGCCACCUACUGGCAUCUAGUUGCGUCUAAGAUUAACGGAUCGGUCGAGUACAACCAGUUGUACGAAAACUACGCUACACGGUUCUCUCCGUAUGUUCCCGAUUGCGCGAACACAACAGACUGCUCUCUCAACUAUUGUUACCUGACGUCUUUCACAGUCGAUCAGUAUGAUGACUGUGUCGCUAGCGUCCAAAAAAAACAAUAA